AUGGCACGAGUCGAAACCACCUUUGGAGCAGAUAGCUCCGCCGUCCGAACCCCCAACCAUGCAACCUCUGGCCGUGAUCCCGCAGCAUCGCCCCAGUGGCCAGUUGGUCCCUCAGACGAAACAAAAGACGGACCUCGCACUGAAAUUUUGCAAACAGCUGCUGGGGGCACUGAGACCAGUUGUGGUAGCAAUGCCGGUAGAUCCAGUCGUGCUGUAGGCCAUGACCGAGAGCACGCUAGAAAUCGUCAUAAUUCGGUUUCCUCGCAGCAAGCGAGCCCUCCACCCACGACUGGCAUCGGAUUCAACAUCGCUGAGCUGGUAGCAAAAACGCUUGAAACUGCGGGAGUCCCGGAGUCACAAGAUCUACCGGAGCCUGAGACAGCGGGUCAUACGGCUGCGCGCUUUGCAGUUGUUAUACCCAAGCCGGACGAUGAAAGUCAAGUUCAAGCCGGUCAGGGAAGCGUAGGUACGAAACCUGCCGAGCAAUCCAAGAGGCAGACACGCGGCAUGAAUGCAACAACAUCCGAGAGCCUCAACCGACGAAAACGGAGCGCCACAUAUAGAACCAUGCCACCAACCAUCGAGGACAGUGCCGGCGAGACUUUGAGCACCGGGAAGUCAACAGGAAUGGCAAGCCUCCCCAGGGUCGCAGUAAGCAACACACCACAGAGUGGCUCGGGUGUUGAUGGCCUUCCAAGAUCAGGAUCAAAACCCCAGACUACCAGCUUGGACAACACUGGAGAGACAAUUGAGACUGGCUGCUACAGCACCGCGGACAUCCACAAAAGGAAACGGAAAGCAACGGCUGGACACACGGCAAUCAAAAGGCCUAGGAAGGCUUUCGGCACAGAAACCGUACUACUAACCACCAAGGGCACUGCCGACGAGACAACGAGUAUCGGCACACCAGCAGAGGCAACAAGCCCCUUCAGAACUACGGAGAAUGGAAUACUCAGAGCAUUCACAAAUAAAGAAUGGAAAACGCAGGACAGACUUCAACGUCCAGUAAGCCAUGAUGGGUCGGCAACGGAAGAGAACUCGGCAUGUGAAGAUCUUGAAGCCAGAUACGCCGCUCGUGCUGAAAGACAACUCCGUCGUACACGGUUCAAUAAGCAGAAGAAGGUUACAUUCGAACCUUCGAACCAGGAUGCACCACACGACUCCCAAAUCUUCGUUCAAGGUGCCCCUUGUCGACCCACUGGCGCGACCCGAGAAGUGGAAUUGCCGACUCCAACGAAUGGAGAAAGCGCUGCGACAACAAAACCACAACUUCUGUUAUCAUGCGCAAACAUCCAAAUAAUGACUCCAGAUGGAGAUGGGUCCCUGAGAAUCGAGGUCGAUGGCCACUGGGUUAUCAAAUUCGUUGACAAGCCAGUGCCUUUCCCAUCAAGGGGUAGCCCGUCUACAAUUUGGGUUUCGCCGAUGCGCCCGGUACACCCUUAA